CGCCUAGAGAGAUACACAUGAUGAUCGAGCGGCUAAUCGCCACGUGUCGUUGAUAGCGUAUAGAAACGAAGAGGCAGACAAAAAGAUAGAAAGAAAAAAAAGGUCGAAAUCGAAUCUUCACGACAUUUAUGUCUCGAUAUUUUUUUUCCGGCGGCCGUGAAACUACAUUUAUUUCACAUUCGCAUACCAAAUAAAUUCCUCAGUUACUUCUUCAUCUACCCACCCCUUUUCUCAAUCUCGGUUUCAAACUCUAACUUCUAAAGUUUCAAGUUGGUUCGAUUCUCCUCAUGUCGGGUUCUCUUGAUCGAUUCACUAGACCCUGUUUCUCAAACAAUGGCGAGAAAAGAGAAAAGAAGUCAGAUUUCGAAGUUUCAGAGGAUGAGAAGAAAACUAGGAUUGGUGGUCUUUUCAAGAAGAAAUCUUCCAAAAACAAAUUCAGACAUUCCCUGAAGAGGAGAGGGAGCAGCAGCAGAGGGAGAAGCAUUGACCGGACACUCUCGCUUACUUUUGAAGACAUACAUGAUGCUGAAGAAUUGAGAUAUGUCUCUGAAUUCCGACAAUCACUCAUCUCUGAUCAUUUGCUUCCUCCAAGCCUUGAUGAUUACCACAUGAUGUUGAGAUUCCUGUUUGCUAGGAAAUUUGAUCUUGGAAAAGCAAAGUUAAUGUGGGCUAACAUGGUCCAAUGGAGAAGGGAUUUUGGUACUGACACAAUCUUGGAGGAUUUUGAGUUUCCGGAAUUGGAUGAAGUUCGCAAGUACUACCCUCAGGGAUAUCAUGGUGUUGACAAGGAAGGAAGACCUGUUUACAUUGAAAGAUUAGGAAAAGUCGACGCAUGCAGACUCAUGCAAGUCACUACAAUGGAAAGGUACCUGAGAUAUCAUGUUAAAGAGUUUGAGAACACUAUUACUGUCAAGUUCCCAGCUUGCUGCAUUGCUGCUAAGAGACACAUCGACUCCAGUACAACUAUUCUAGAUGUUCAAGGCUUGGGAUUAAAGAAUUUCACGAAAACUGCUCGGGAUCUUAUAAUCCAGCUGCAAAAGAUUGAUAGUGAUAACUACCCCGAGACUCUUCACAGUAUGUUUAUCAUCAAUGCCGGCUCUGGUUUUAAGCUACUUUGGGGGACAGUGAAAUCAUUUCUUGAUCCAAAGACUGUCUCCAAGAUACAUGUCCUUGGCAACAAGUACCAGAACAAAUUACUUGAGAUAAUUGAUGCCAGCCAGCUGCCAGAUUUUCUUGGUGGUACUUGCACUUGCACAGAUCAGGGAGGUUGUAUGAGAUCUGACAAAGGACCGUGGAAAGAUCCUGAGAUACUAAAGAUGGGUCGCAGUGGUGGGACGUUCUGUAGGCAUGCUGGUGCUUUCCUAAGAAGUGAUUCCCAAAUAUCUUCAUCUGAUAAGCCAACUUACUCUGGGAUAAAAAUUAGUGACACAUCAACAACAGAGUCAGGGUCUGAAUUGGAAGAGAUGGCUUCACCGAAAACGAAUAAGAGCAAUCAUGUACCCAAGUUAACUCCUGUUAGUGAAACUAUCAAGGCCAGUUGUAACAUAAGUCCUACUGUUUUAUCUGAGUAUGAAGAGUGUGUACCAAUGGUGGACAAAGUUGUGGAUGUUGCUUGGCAGUCCAAAGAGAUUUCAAAUGCUUGUGAAGGUCCGCAAUAUACAUCAAAUUUGGGCAGAAUAGGAUUGGUUAUUCAUAUCUGGAGGUGGCUAACUGUGUUCUUCAUGAAUUUUUUCACACUCCUCGUGUCUCUGGCUCUGCCACAGACAAAAGAACACUCACAGUUGCAUCCUUCAAGCUCAAGAGCUGAGCUGUGUGAUGAACGUAUUGCAAGGGAAUCCCGUCCUCCUUCUCCUUCUCGUUCAACUAUCACUGAAAGAGUUAUAGUUUCCUCUGUUUUAAGUAGACUGGGGGAUCUUGAGAAACAGGUAGAAACUCUUCACAUGAGGGAAUUCGAGAUGCCUCAAGAGAAAGAGGAGUUGCUGAAUGCUGCUGUUUAUCGCAUGGAUGCACUAGAAGCAGAGCUCAUCACCACGAAAAAGGCAUUACAUGAGGCUUUGAUAAGGCAAGAAGAACUUUUGAGUUACAUAGACCGGCAAGAGGAAGCUAAGUACCGGAGAAAGAAGUUCUGCUGGUGAAGAGAACUCAUGGCUGCAAGGUAAUUAAGCAAAAUUGCAUAUCCAUGGAUGUGAUCAGAGACCAUGGACCAUUGACAGAAGUAGGUCUGAAAAAGAAAAGUAUUUGUUGAUACCUAAUGUGUAUAUAAUAUAAGAAAAAACUUGCAGUGAGAUCUCAAAUUGAUAUAUUUGUUGUUGAAUUUGUUUGAUACUACUGGAUUGUGCGAGUAAUUGGUGUUUGUGACAUUGGAUUCUCUAAUGGAGGUACAAAAAGCAAAAAGAAGGAGGUCUAAAUAUCA